UCGAUUUGACGAAAACAGAUUUACGGACAAAGCGUAGACCCAGUUUAAAACGAUCGUAGAGCGGGCAAGGAACACACUUUUAAAAAAACCAAAACGAAUAAAAGAUAGAGCGUAAAAAAUACUACAAAGCUAUCUAAAAAUAGUUGUGGUAAACUUUUUUUAAUUAGGCCAAAAGACCAAAAAGCUUUAAUUACACACUGACUGUAGACCCAGUUUUUCAGAAUUGUUUUGUCUUUUAUUCAUCAACGACUGAAAGAAAUUAAGUCAGACUGUGACAGAAAGAUGCAGCGUGAAAAACUAAACAGGAAUAUUGUGAACUAGUUCUCUGUUUCUCUUAUUUUCAGGAAGAAUUUUAAUAUAUACCUCAGAAUGUAGACCCAGUUUUUCUUGUAGAUACAAUUUCUGCUUAUAUAUUUUCAAGCUGAUUUCGACGAAAAGCAUUACUGUCAUAUACCUUUCGAUCAUGACAAGAAAAUGCACCAGCAUCAAAUAAUGAAAGAUCCAGAUCAGAACCAUCACGUAUAUCAAGACGAUUACAAACAAUUAUUGACCGAAGUAAAUUUUCAACGAUUGAUCAACCGGAAGAAGAUGAUCAAUCCACAACAAAAACUGUAGAACUAACCAAAGAUGACGAACAAACAGUGACAAAAGGAAGAAAAAGAAAAGUACCAGUCCCCCCAGUGACCGAAAGACAGUUACGAGGAAGAAAAUUACGAAAAACAUAG